AUGGGGCGUUGGGUGAGACCUGAGGUGUACCCUCUUCUUGGAGCAAUGGGAUUUGUGACAUCUAUGGUUGUGUUUCAACUCACAAGGAAUGCAUUAUUAAACCCUGACUGCAGGAUAAGUAAAGAGAAUAGAAAAAUGGGAAUUCUGGAAAAUGAAGACGAAGGAGAAAAAUAUGCACAACACAAUCUUCGCAAGUAUCUGAGGAACCGUCCGCCUCAAGUUAUGCCUUCUCUCAACCGUUUCUUCUCUGAAGAGGACAACUAA